UAUGUUAGUUUAUUUUCAAAUAUAAAAUUGGAGAUAGAUACAAUAAUAGUAAAUAAAAAAGUAAUAUACAAACGAAAAAAUGUUAAACAAAGUUUGUAAAAAUAAGGUGUGAUAAAACAAUCGCUAGUAACAGGUAAUAAAUACGGAAUACUAAAUUUCUAUAUGCAUGCUAACAUUAAUCAGAAGAUACUGAACAAAUAUACACAGGAAACGUCAAACUUUAUUUUAAAAAUACGGAGAAUAAAUCUUCAUACAUAUGUACUAUCAUUUCAUUAAAUGUCAUAUACAUUUGUGUUGAAGUAGACAUUGUGUAAAACACUGUGUUAGACACAAGUGUCAAUUUGUUGAUAGCAUUUUAGAGAGAUGAUUUUAUAGAACGAACAAAAGUACAAAUAUAAUGACAAAAGUAACGACUCAAUUUUAAAUCGAUGUUCAAGUUUCUCAAAUAGAAUUUAUUCUAUCCCCCCCCCCCCCGCCCCCAAAAAAAGAUGAACAUACAAUGGAAAACACAACCUAUAUGAAAGAUUAUACAAAAUAAUUGUAAUUAUAGUACAAAUUCGUCAAAAUUUGUUGUGAAUUUCUUUACACAAAAUUAACAAGUAUGUUUGGACGACAAAUAUUUUUGGAACUUAUGGACAAUCAACGCAAUCAAAGACAUAAUGAAUUUGUUCGACGACUUUCUGCAAAUCAAGGACAUGGGAUAUCAUUUAAUGAAUUAGUAAAUAUACCAUCUUUAAGGAACGACGGAUUCUUGUUUGAUUUAAAUUUUAUUCUUCUCGAAGAUAAUGACCAUGGCCAGCCGAAUAAUUUAUGUUUCCGAACGUUAGUACAAACAAGAAAUUGAAUUUCUUAAGUGAAAUGAAUUGUCAAGAGGAAACAUAAAAUAACUUGUUAAUUAUGCUUUAGUAAUACUGAGAAUAUACCUAAUCGAUAUUUAUUGGAAUAUAUCAGACAAAUGAAAGAAAGAUAUCUAAUUAUGGAAAGAGAAUUAACAAGAAUGAAAACAUUAAUCCCUAUAAUAACACGAAAUACCAAUGCCGUACAUCAAUCGGUAUUUUCAUCAUCUACCAUUUUACUAAUUUUUUGAAUUUAAUAUUCUUUCGUUCAUGUUUAAUUUCAUUCUUCUAAAGUCGCAAACAGAUGUAAAUUGGAAACAUUGUUCCGUUAGAAAGUACGGACACUUUUUUGGAACUGUUCCAAGAAAUCAGUACAAAAAGAAUCAAGAACAAAUUAACGUUUCAUCACGAAGGAAACGUCACACUAUGAAAAAAGAUAAAGAUUCAAUUAAUGAAACCUUUGAUGAUACAGAUUGGAAGAAAUACAGAAAAUCUUCACAGAAUUUACAGAAUGAUAUUUAUCCUAUAAAGGAGCCUGAUAGCACCUCAUUUCAAUCAAGGAUACUAAUUAACAAUUCAACAGCAGUUUGUUCGAUGCACAAUAUUGCUAUGAUACUUCCACAGGAUUCAACUCAAUUGAUUGAUUCGUCGAGAUACAAAACAACAAAUUCUAAAGCAAAUAACGAGAUUCAUAAAGCUGUAGAUAAAUGUGAUUCUGAUCAUUCGAAAAUGAUUUUUGGUAAAUCGAGGAAACAUUUCGGUCCCCCUGAAACACGAAAGGCGUCGAUGGAAGUAUGCCAAAGCUUCGACAAGAAACAUGAGCCGGAAACGUCCUACUAUACUGACUUCGAUGUUAAACAUGAAGAUCAUACGCAGACUAAACCUGCUGUAUAUACACCAGAAUUUCGACCUAUAAUGGGAUCAAAGUUUAACAGCGAUAUUUCCGAUCAAUCUGCAUUUCAUUGUCAGCAACAAAAUACCAAUCGCGAAGAGAAGUGUAUGUUCAAAAGAACUAAAUUUUUCGAAAAUACGGAUGUUCAUCGAAAAGAUAAUUUUGAUAUUCGUGUUCAAACACCUCAAGGCAAUCGCAGCUAUUGGAACAAUAAUGCGAAGAAGUUAUCCUAUGAAGGAACACAUUGUACAAGCGAUUCAUCCAGACAAUUUACGCGUAUGAUCCAGAGACAGAAAAAAGAAAUACAUAAGAAAAUACCAACUCCACGUAGCAACGUUCAUACCGCUUACACUCCUAUGGUGCAAUCUCCUACGUGGAAUCCUUUGUUAGAUCCCAAUAGUUUUACCAUUCAAUUGUUGAGACUUGCGGUAUUACUUUAUGCUCCGGCAUUGAUGCCGGCAUUAAAUUCAUUGAUUGCCCGACAGAGUAUUCAAACGACAAUUCCAAUACCUUGCUCCGAAGGUUCAAACGACUUGUUGACGCAAAUUUUUACAAUUUUGAGCAAUCAGCAAUGUGUCCCAAAUUUAUCGUAUGUAGCAAAUCCUCGAAUCAACGAAAACUCUCGACAAUUUCGGGAAUCGAAUUCACAUAAUUUAUCGUCGCGAUCAAAUUCGCUUCCCGAGAAUCCUUCGAAGCAACUUGGAGAUGAUGCUUGUAGCGUGAAAACUUUUGAAAACAACCAGUUUGGAAAAAAUUCAGUUGCUGUAAAUACUUCUUUAGAAAUAUGUAACUGUAAUAAUAUGAAACAAUCAUCUUCGCGUUGCAGUAAAAAUACUUCACACGAUCAAAUAGAAGAAAAUGAAAGGUUGAUGUAUACAUGGACAAACAAAAAGUCAAAAUCGUCAGAAACAGUAGUAUUAGAAAAAUCAGUGCUACAAUCCGAACAAAACAAGGAAGAAGUUUCGAAAAAGGAACAAGAGGAUCCUGAAUUCUCUGAAACUCUGUUAAUGCAAGAUGACAUUACCAUUUUGGAUGAUGGAAGUUGGGAUGAUCCAAAAUCUAAGUUUACAAAUAUGUGGAAAUGUUGAUCAAAUAUA